GGCGGCGAUUACGCAAUGCGGCACUGCAGUUCCGCCGGCGGUUGGCUGGAGGGCGCUCUGCAGCAGACGCGGCGUGCGCCCAGGCCUGGGCCGGGGGAGGAGGAAGCGGUCAGCAGCGCGACGCGCGAGCUGGCGAUGGUGCUGUUCCGGCAGCUGCUUCCGACUGUGCGCUCGGCGGUCCUCCGGCCGGUGGAGGCCGGGCUCUACGGUUUGAAGAUAAGAAAAGGAAGCUCUCACAAUUUUUGUACUACUGUUUUGAAAGAAGUCACUUAUAAGGAACUGAAAAACAUGUUGAAUUCCAAAAAGAUUAUGUUAAUUGAUGUCAGAGAGACAUGGGAAAUUCUUGAGUAUGGAAAAAUCCCUGGGUCUGUCAAUAUACCAUUGGAUGAAGUUGGUGAAGCUUUACAGAUGAACCCAAGAGACUUCAAAGAGAAGUACAGUGAAGCAAAGCCAUCCAAAUCUGAUAGUCUCGUGUUUUCUUGUUUAGCUGGAGUGAGAAGCAAGAAGGCUCUGGACACAGCACUAUCUCUAGGCUUUAAAAGUGCUCAACACUAUGCUGGAGGAUGGAAGGAAUGGGUAACCUAUGAGUUUUCAGAGAAGAAACAAGGAAAUUGAAUUUUGGAAGGCAACUUGGCUUUUCCCUUGUGUACAUGCAACCUAGGAUGAUGGAAUGAACAAAAGAAUAAAAAUCAAAUUAUGAUACCACUGGUUAA